UUUCGAUGUUCAUCCCACUACGUCUCUCCUCUCAGUUUUCAGACAUCAUGAUUUUUCGUCGAAUAUCAAUCAUCUAAUUCCUUUCUGCUUAUUCUGGACACGCACCUCCUUGGUGCUCCCAACUACUUUAUAACAAUGGAGGGUGUCGAAGUGAAGACGCCUCUCUCGGAAUCAUGUUCAAAGUGGUCAGAGGAGAAGCCAAAGGCAGAACGAUCUAAAGAGACUUCUGAAGAUACAAAUUCUUACAUUGAAGCUCCAGCCAAUCAACUUAGCAACGGAAAAGUGAAAUCUAUCACAAAUUUUACAGAGACUGAAUUUACAUCACCACCACAUGCUUUGGAUGGUCAAAUUGCAGGGCAAGAUGAAUUUUUUCCUGCGGUUAAUUCAACUUCAACCUCAGAUUCUAUGGAUGCUGUGAAAGAAAGAAGCAAUCAGGAAAUUGUCAUUGAAAAUACCGGACCAGAAGUUAAACACAAUUUCUCGGAUAGGCAACAAAUGCUAGAUGGUAGCAAAACUGCCACUUAUAGUAGUGAUGACCACAACCAAAUUAUUUCAGCUUCCUAUCAUGAAACACAAAAUAUGCAGAAUGUUCACAGUGAACAAAAAAGUAAUCCAUCUCAAAUAAGGGUCACCAGUGCUGCUGAUGAAGUCUUGGGAACGAUCGACAGUGAAGAUCAUAAUGAGAUUACACUACCAGCUUCCUCUUCUGAGAUGAAAGGUCUUCAAAAUGACCACAAUGAACUAAAGUUUGGUUCUCCUCAAACACCAGCUAGUAGUUCUGAUACUGAAUUCUUGGAAACAGUUCAGACCGAUGAUCACAAUGAGAUUAUACAAUCAUCUUCCCCUUUAGAAGCCAAAGAUUUGCAAAAUGGCAACUAUGAACAAAAGAGAGAUCCACCUCAAGUAAAUGUUCCUACUGCCGCUACUGAAGUCUUGGGAACGAUCUACAGUAAGGAUCGUAAUGAAAGUAUACUAUCAUGUUCCUAUUUUGAAAUGAAAGAUUUGCAGAAUGAUCACGAUGAACUAAAGAUUGAUUCACCUGAUAUGCAAAUUGCCAGUCCUGCUGUUGAAGUCUUGGGAAUGGUCAACACUAAUGAUCAUGAUGAGAUUGCAAUAUCAACUUCCUCCACUAGAGUAAAAGAUUUGCAGGAUGAUCUCGACGAACUAAAUAUCAGUCCACCAGAAGUAGAGGUUGUGAAUGCUGAAACUGAUGUCUUGGGAAUGAUCGACACACCUACACGGGCCAAGCAGGUUGGCCAUAUUGAUACCGCAGCUCCAAUUGAAUCUGUCAAAGCAGCUGUUUCCAAAUUUGGAGGAAUCGUGGACUGGAAGGCUCAUAGAAACCAAACAGUGGAAAGACGCCAACAUGUAGAACAAGAACUCCAGAAAGCACAAGAGGAGAUCCCGGGGUACAGAAAACAAUUUGAGGCUGCUGAACAUGUAAAAAUCCAAGUAUUAAAGGAGUUGGAUAGUACUAAAAGAUCAAUUGAAGAAUUAAAACUAAACCUAGAGAGGGCACAAACAGAAGAGCGCCAAGCAAGACAGGACUCGGAGCUUGCGAAGCUUAGAGUCGAAGAGAUGGAACAAGGUAUUGCAGAUGAAGCCAGCGUGGCAGCCAAGGCACAACUUGAGGUUGCUAAAGCCAGGUUUACAGCAGCUAUUUCUGAGCUUAUGUUUGUGAGGGAAGAGUUGGAAGGAUUGCGCAAGGAAUAUGCUUCCUUAGAGAUUGAUAAAGAAGUAGCUGUUAAGAAAGCUGAAGAUGCUGUUCUUGCAUCAAAAGAAGUGGAAAAGACAGUGGAAGAAUUGACCAUUGAAUUAAUUGCUGCAAAGGAGUCAUUCGAGUCGACACAUUCUGCACACUUGGAAGCGGAGGAGAAAAGAAUAGGAACAAUCAUGGCUAGAGACCAAGAUUCUCACAACUGGGAGAAGGAACUCAAACAUAUAGAAGAAGAGCUCCAAAAACUAAGCCAGCAAAUUUUAUUAACAAAGGAUCUCAAGUCUAAACUAGACACUGCCUCUGCUGUGCUGCUUGAUCUAAAAGCUGAAUUAGUUGCUUAUAUGGAAUCGAAAUUGAAGCAUGAAAGUGAUGUUGAAGGAGUUUCAAAAUUAGAUCCAGAGGAACUAGAGAAGAAAACACAUACUGAAAUAGUAGCAAUUGUCGCAUCAGCUAGAAAGGAACUAGAGCAAGUGAAGAUCAAUUUGGACGAACGAACUAAUGAGGUUAAUCGCUUGAAGGUGGCUGCUGAGUCACUAAAAUCGGAACUUGAGCAAGAGAAGUCAACUCUUGCCAACAUUAGGCAGAGAGAGGGAAUGGCCUCCAUUGCGGUUGCUUCGCUUGAAGCAGAACUAGAGAAGACUAGAUCUGAAAUAGCUGAAAUACAAAUAAAGGAGAAAGAGACGAAAGAAAAAAUGGUUGAGCUACCUGAAAAACUACAACAAGCAGCUGAAAAUGCUGAUCAGGUCAACUCAUUUGCUCGAGUGGCUCGUGAAGAGCUGCGAAAAGUAAAGGAUGAAGCAGAGCAAGCCAAGGCUGCAGCAACUACAGUGGAAAGCAAAUUACUUGCAACUCAAAAGGAGAUAGAGGCAGCCAGGGCGUCUGAGAAGUUGGCCAUAGCAACAAUCAAAGCGUUGCAAGAGAGUGAGUCAGCUAGAAGAAACCUUGAUGCAGACCCUUCCAAUGGGGUGACACUUUCUUUAGAGGAAUACUAUGAACUCAGUAAACGUGCCCAUGAGGCAGAAGAGCAAGCCAAUUUGAGGGUUGUAGCUGUUAAUUCUGAUAUUGAGAUGGCCAGGGAGUCUGAAUUGAAAACCUUGGAGAGAUUGGAAGAAGUGAAUCAAGAGAUGUUUGCCAUUAGGGAAUCUCUGAAGGUGGCAAUGGAUAAAGCUGAAAAGGCAACAGAAGGAAAAUUAGCCACAGAACAAGAAUUAAGAAAGUGGAGGGCCGAACAUGAACAGCGAAGAAAGGCUGGUGAGUCUGACCAAGGAGUCGUAAACCAAAAUCAAAGCCCCACGGUCAGUUCUGAGGGGACUGGGGACGUAAAUCUCCAAGAAGCAGCUUCCGAGGAAGGUAGUCUUGUACAUUACUUAUCGAGUUCAAAGUCCAAUGUACAUGCAAACAACACUGACAAUGGACCUGCCCCAGAAAAAAAGAAUGGUAAGAAGAAAAAGAGGUCAUUGUUCCCACGUGUUUUAAUGUUCUUUGCUAGAAGAAAAUCAACGAAGUCCUAGUUUUCCUCGGUAGAAAUCAUAUGCCAUGUAAUGCUGUGGCUAUCUUACUCCUCAUCCUUUUGAAGUUCAUGGGCAAGAAUGGCAGGAAACUCGAAUAUGUAAAGAACCAGUACAUGGUUAGUCAUUGUUGUAUGUAUGAUUGGCUCGAAUAUAUUUUGCCUUACUGGAAGGAUCAUGUUUGGUUGGUAAUUAUAUCAUCCUUGGUAGGAAAAGAGAGAAUAGGAUGAUUCUGUAAUGUACAUAGGCUUAUGUUAUAUUGAUCCUCAGGUUUUGUAAAGAUUCAUGAGAUUUGAUCAAAUAAAAGUUCU